AACAUUGUGAUACAAGACAUAUUUAUUGAAAUAUAUUUUCUGGAAUGAAGUAGACAAGCAACAUAGAAAAGGUGCAACUAUUUAUAAGUAAUGACAGUUCAUUUAUCUUUAGACGCGUAUUUGUUUUUUGUGAUUAACCCAAAAAGUCUUUGGUGGAAGCAAAGAAACAAAUACCUUUAUUUGUAUAGACCUAAACUCUGCUGGAGGAUAAAUCAUGCCGUUCACCUGAGAGUUUUUCAUACAAGUGAGCCUCGGUGUAAAUGGGCCAGAAGCAGAACAUUUUGGUAUAACAAAUACAUUUACAGCCAUGACUUUUUAUACUCCAGAGUUUCUAAACUUUUAACUUCUUCUUCCAAAGGACUUACAAAAGUGAACAAUCGCAUGUCACGAAUUAAGAAUACUAUAGAAUCUGUUUCAAAGGCAGUGUCUGGCACUCACAGUGAACUGAUUUCUCGGAUAGCUCGAUUAAAGUCACACUCGGGUACUCUGGGAAAAGCAAAUAAAAGUAGUGCAGAUGCAAGUAGCAUCAAUGCAAAUCUAGAAAAUGAUAAACAAGUCACAGAUGCCAGAACUCAGGAGGAUUGCAACACAGGCCCACCUGCAAAGAAAUCCACUUGUGCAAGUGAAAGCCCGGAGUCUAUGUUAGUAAGCUCAAGUGGUGCUGAUCAGGAUUCUCGGAAAGAUUCAGCAUUUACUGAAAACCAGCUUUUUCAUAUAAGCUACUUUUCUACAAAUUUUGGAGAGACUUACAACUUUGUAGCUGAUCAUAUCAACUCAUACUUUAGUAAGAAUUCUGUUAUGGAUCAAGAGAAAAAAAAGAAUGCUUUAUUACAGGACUCUAAAAGUGAACAGAGGAGUAAGCUUGAUUCAUCAGAAAAUACUGCAGCAAGAGAAGAAAAGACAGUGGAUUCAGCAGCUGCUUUUACUCCUCAAGCAGAGACUCUGGGUGCUGAAAAAGCAAAUACUGCUCUUCCAGUUUCCACUAAAAAAAGUAUUGCAAACUUUCUUUCGUAUCCCAGUAACAGUGUACAAGCUUUUGUAGACAGUUACAUUGGUGGGUUGGUUCCGAAAUUGAGAUCUGAAACAAAAGUUGUUUCACAAGAAAAGAGUAAACAGCCAGAACAAGAAGUGUCUGAGAAGGAUGAGGAGGACAAAGCAAAAGAGGCUAAGACUGCUGAAGAGAAGGAAAAGCAUCUGUCUCUUCAGAGAGAAAAGAUCAUUGCAAGAGUGAGUAUUGAUAACAGGACUCGAGCUUUAGUUCAAGCCCUACGAAGAUCCUCUAAUCGAAGAGUCUGUAUCAGCAGGGUUGAAGAACUGACCUAUCAUCUUCUAGAAUUUCCAGAGAGCAGAGGAGUUGCGAUUAAGGAAAAAUUAAUCCCGUGCCUACUACGACUGAGACAGGCAAAUGACGAAAGUCUUCAGGCUGCUGUUAGAGAGACUUUAGCGAUAAUUGGAUAUACAGACCCUGUGAAAGGCUGGGGAAUUCGAGUCCUCACUAUUGAUGGAGGAGGAACAAGGGGUUUAGUUGCACUUCAGACUCUACGGAAACUAGAAGAACUAACUGGAAAACCGGUUCAUCAACUUUUUGACUACAUCUGUGGUGUAAGCACAGGAGCUAUAUUAGCUUUUAUGUUGGGGUUGUUUCAUAUUCCUCUGGAUGAUUGUGAAGAACUGUAUCGCAAAUUAGGAUCAGAUGUUUUUAAGCAGAAUGUCAUUGUUGGAACAGUCAAAAUGGGUUGGAGCCACGCCUUUUAUGACAGUGAUAUAUGGGAAAAAAUGCUCAAAGAAAAAAUGGGCUCAGAUCUUAUGAUUGAAACUGCAAGAAAUUCCAAAUGUCCAAAGGUAGCUGCAGUAAGCACCAUUGUAAACAGAGGAACACCACUGAAAGCCUUUGUUUUUAGAAACUACAAUCACUUUCCUGGUGUUAAGUCUCAUUAUAUUGGAGGCUGUCAGUAUAAACUGUGGCAGGCCAUUAGAGCAUCGUCUGCUGCACCUGGUUACUUUCAGGAAUAUGUUUUGGGCAAUGAUCUUCAUCAGGAUGGAGGUCUGCUUCUAAAUAAUCCAUCUGCACUGGCAGUUCAUGAGUGCAAGUGUCUUUGGCCGAGUGUUCCGUUGCAGUGUUUAAUAUCACUGGGCACUGGUCGAUAUGAAAGCGAGGGAAAGACCAAUCUCACGUACACCAGUUUGAAAGCCAAACUCACAAAUGUUAUCAGCAGUGCAACUGAUACAGAAGAAGUUCACACCAUGCUGGAUGCACUGUUACCUCCAGACACUUAUUUCAGGUUUAACCCUCUUAUGAAUGAAGACAUAGCUCUGGAUGAAAGUCGUAAAGAGAAACUCAAUCAGCUGCAGACAGAUGGAAUCCGUUACUUAGAACGAAAUGAGGAAAAACUGAGAAAAGCUGCAGAAGUAUUAACAGAAGAAAAAACAACUUUGCAGAGACUUCAGGACUGGAUAAGAUUAAAGGCUGACAUGUACGAAGGCCUUCCGUUUCUUUCCAAGUUGUGA